UUUAUCCUAACAUCAAUAAAAAUGAUAUGCAAAUAAUGCAACAGUUUUGAUUACGGAUCAUUCAAAGUUUUUCAGUUAUGCAAAUCACUAUGUCCUAACUAAUCGCGUAUUGUUAAAAUGAUAAUAAGUUGGGAAUAGAAGUGAUCUAAUUUUUUAAGGUUUCUGACUGUGUGGACGAGAAACAGGUGAAAACAGCUGACCAGGGCAAAAAAUGUGGGAGUACUAUUAGUAGAGAACAAAGCCUUGGAAGACUGACCGAGUCGUCUGAGAGGUCUUUGGAGGAGGAGACAAAGAAAAGAUGAUCAACGUCAAUCAUCAAGCAACAUUCAUUUUCUCAGUGGCAUUUUCCUUUAUUUUAUCUAUGAUUAAAGGUGAAGGUGAAUUUUGUGAAAAAUAUGGAUGUAUAACGAAGGAUAAAGACGUCCAUGUGGGGUCUAUCCUGUCCAUCAGUUGUUCUAUCAAUGAGAAUUAUAUUCAGAACUGGACAUCAACUAAUAUUAGUUUUUCAUUCAAAGAUUCACCUUUGCCUUCAAGUCUUGUCCAUAUUCUAAAUCCCUUCAUAGCACAACUGGAAAUCUCUAACGCUACUCUUGAAAACUCCGGGAAAUAUUUUUGUUUCGUGUCUUCCGAUGGUGUGAAAAGAUAUAACAUUGGUAUCACUACGAUGACAGUAGGAUAUAAACCCACGCCUGUGAAAGAUUUCUGCUGCACAAGUAAAAACCUGGAGUCCAUCGAGUGUUGUUGGACGAGUUCAGUUGGGGAUGUCCAUACUGAACGAAAGCUCUCUUUAAUGGAAGUGACACAGAAAAAUACACGUCAGGUGUUCCCAUGUACAGAAAACCCGGGUGAAAACAGAAUAUGUAAGGACAUAACAGCGUUCACUUUCCCUCCAUAUAACAGAUAUCAAUCUGAAUUUAAUGUAAAACUUCAUGAGGAAAACAUUCUUGGGAAAAUUGACCAAAUUUUUAAUGUGGAUCACUAUAGUUUAGUUUUACUGAACCCUCCACGCCAUCUAAAGAUCGUGGGACGCACAGCAACGACAAUUAAGCUAACGUGGAAAAUACCAGAACAUUUUCCAACUGACCUCUUCAUAUUAAACAUUAGUCUUGUCUACCAACUUCAGUACACAAGAACAUCUACAACAAACGACAGAAUAUGGUGGGUAAAAUAUAUCCAACAUAGUACCACAAUCUACGAACUAAUCGAUCUGAUCCCAUACACCAAACACCACAUCCGCCUACGAUGUAAACUUUCUACCACCAAUCUGUGGAGUGAUUUUGUGGAGCUGCCAGAAAGUCAGACUAAACCUGACGUUCCUUACCUUUCGCCGAAUACGAGUAGCGGAGCAUUCGAGGAGACUGUUUUCAAGGACAAAAGAAAUAUUACCAUAUACUGGCAACGGUUGUUACCCAUACAUUACAAUGGACCCGAUUUCUAUUACGCCGUGACUUGUCAGCCUAAGAACCUUCCGUCCAAAAGGUUGGUAAAGGAACUCAAUACAACUACAGGAUCUGCAAGUUUUACAGACUUGGAAACAAGAAUUCCAUAUUCUUUCAUUGUGAAGUCUGCAAAUAGUGAAGGAACUUCUGAAGCACAAACAGAAAUUUUUAUCGAGGAUAAGAUCAAAGUGGCACCUGCCCCAGAAGACGUGGUAGCUUUGUUUGUGGAUAAAGGACAUUUUCAGAUAUUUUGGGUGUAUCCUGAGGAAAUUCAGCAGAAUCUAAUUGGUUUUACUGUGUUCUGUUACAAUUUAUCGGAACUACUAGUCUGGGAAAUAGCAGAAAGAGACUCCAGAGAUAAAUACUUCUUCGUGCCAGAACAUCUAAAAUGCAGAUUUGGAGUGACCGCUAACUCAGUCCUUUUCAGUUCUCCCAUGACAACAACUUCGUGCCCAAUUAUGUCCACUACAGAUUUAUUAAAACUAAGCACAGACCAAACGAAUUCAGACACAAUGGUCGUGGAAUGGACAAUGCGGUGUCCAUCCUGGGAACAUUUUAUAGAGAGAUAUGAAGUAAUCUACUGUGGAGUAAAUGGACCCGGCCAGCCGUGUAAUGGCUCGCUGGAGGCAAUCCUUCCUGAACCCAGUAACAAUUUCAUUCUUAUAGAAGGAUUGAAGGAAAACCAGAUUUACAGAAUUUCUGUUCGUGCUGUUAGUAAGACGGGGCAUGAUUUUUAUGGCGAGCCUUUGUUUCCAACGACUGUUUCAUUUGGACCAAAAGGAGGAAACACAUCAACUUUAUUCUGGCUUAUCGGAUUAAUUCUUGGCCUUACGAUUUUGUCAGUGAUUGCAUUUUUAGGUGGUCGUAGGCUUAAACAAAAGAUGGAUAGAAUCCGAUGCAUCAAAGUUCAAUUGCCAGAAGCACUCGCACGUCCAACUUCGAUGAAUGUAGUUGGGACAAACGAGACACGAGUUAAAAACAAGAGAAAAACAAGUUCGUUUUUAUCAAAUGGCAAGAAUAUGACUGUCAAAAAGAAGAAGAAAAAGAAAAUUUCUCCUUUAGAAAACACAGUCAAGCGCGUGUACAUUGACGAACACACAAAUCCUGCCAAUCCAGGAAGCAUGGAAAUAGAUACCGUUAAACUCCGUCGUGUUUCAGGUGAAUUUUUAAAUGAAGCUAUACCCCUCAUGAAUCCACAGGCUACGGAUGGAGCAUUGAUGAAAACAAGAGAAGAUGUUUCUUCUGAUGAUGGAGAUCAGACACUUCAUGCAUGUGAUUCUUCACAACCCUCCAAUAAACAGCGUGGUUCAAGCCCAUAUUUCUUGAAGGCAUACCAAAUUUUAACAGGUUCCAUGAGUAACAAUGGAACGUCAAGUGAUGGAAUACAACAACCCUUAAAUAGCUUCGACAUAAGUUCAGCGCUUCAAAAAACAGAUACAUCACGUACUGGAGGUCAUUUUUUAAAAACUUUCUCAUCGUAUGCUCCUUAUAAAGCCCGUUAUCCACCAAGAAAAGCUGCAAUAAAACAGCCAAUAUUCCAAGAAUUGGGUACAAACGACAACACAGGUAGAUCAGAGAGAGAAGGACAUCCUUCACAUUCUCCUUAUAUACAGAAAAACCAACUGGAAGUACUAGCUCUAUACUCUUCUGAAUCUCCAUCUCUCUGUCCUCCUUACAAACAGUUGCAUCAACUAGAAACACAGCAUAUUAGAAAUGACCACAAUUAUCCUCCAGUUUUUAAAGAUUCUAAUUUAAAAGACAAUUCUGUGGAAAAGGUCAGUAAUAGAUUUUCUGCAGUGACAUUCCCUCCAUGUCCUCCUUAUGCGCAGUUGCAUGAACUAGAAACACAAAAUGUUGAUAAUAAGUACAAAAACCCUUCAGUUUUUCAAAAUUCUAGUCCAAAAAGCAAAUCUGGAAAAAUAUUCGGUAAUGUAUACUUUUCGGAAAUGAUCUCUCCAUGUCCUCCUUCCAUACAGAUGCAUCAACUGGAAACACAAAAUGUUAAGGUGGCUUUAUGUCUUUACAGGUUGAUAUUUCACUUCGAUAUGAAGUAUGGUCACCACGAACAGCAAGGGUAUCCUGACGACAAUGUUGGCAUAUCUUCAACCACACCUCAAAAUUAA